GUGAUCUUUUAUUAUACAACUCUCUCUCUCUCUCUCUCUAAUAAAGCAAAUGUGAUUCAGACAAAAGCAUACAAAGAACUGCAUUCAAAAAAGUUUUCUCAGCCAUCAAAUUUUCCUCUCUUCAUCCAACAAGAACACAGAGAUUCUGUUUCCUUACAAAUCUAGUGUCAAACUAAGAAAAAAAAGAUAUCAGGUUUUGUUUCUGCUGAUUUAAGGAAACUCAUCCAUGGAUACGGCUCAAUGGCCACAGGAGAUUGUAGUGAAGCCCUUGGAAGAAAUAGUAACAAACACAUGCCCAACGCCGCAAGCGUCACAGCCGCACCCACCACCAUCGGUUGGGGCCGCGGGUGGAGCCGAGAGGAAGACACGGCCAGAGAAAGACCAAGCUAUAAACUGUCCAAGAUGUAACUCAGUCAACACAAAGUUUUGUUACUACAACAAUUAUAGCUUGACGCAGCCAAGAUUCUUCUGCAAAGGUUGUCGAAGGUAUUGGACCGAAGGUGGUUCGCUUAGGAACAUCCCUGUUGGUGGUGGCUCAAGAAAGAACAAGAGAUCUCACUCUUCUUCAGCUUCUUCUUCUUCUGAUAUUAAUAAAAAUCACUCCGAUUCUACACAACCAGCUACAAAGAAACAUCACUCUGAUCAUCAUCAUCACCACCACCUCAUGAGCAUAUCUCAACAAGGGUUGACUGGUCAAAACCCUAAAAUCUUUGAGACGACUCAACAAGAUCUCAAUUUAGGUUUUUCAUCACAUGGGUUGAUCAGAACCAACUUCACCGACCUCAUCCACAACAUUGGAAACAACAACACGAGCACUAACAAUCCAUUUCUUGGUUCUUCAUGUUCUGCCACGUCAGCUCUGGCAACUUCCCCUCUGGAUCUCAUAAGAAACAACAAUGGUAAUAAUAGGAUUACUUCGAAUUCUUCAUUCAUGGGGUUUCCAGUUCAUAAUCAAGGUCCAACAUCUGAAGGAUUUUCAAUGCAAGAUCAUUACAAGCCUAGUAACUCAAACACCACACUGCUAGGAUUUUCAUUAGAUCAUCAUCAUGAUAAUAGUGGAUUCCACGGAGGAUUUCAAGGAGAAGAUGGUGAUGAUGUCAAUGGAAGGCACUUGUUUCCUUUUGAAGAUUUGAAGUUGCCAGUUUCUACUUCAUCAGCAACAAUUAAUGUCGACGCUAAUGAUCAUCAGAAGCGAGCAAGUGGUGGAGAUGCAGCUGCAACUUCUGGUGGAUAUUGGACUGGGAUGUUGAGUGGAGGAUCAUGGUGCUAA